AUGCCGCUGCCGUGUUGUUGUUCCCCGCAGUGGGUCGGCGCCCCGUGCGGCUCGCACGGCCCCUACGUCUUCUACAGGGCGUUCCGCUUCCAGCGCCGCGGCGGCGGCCGGGCGCGGGUCCUCUCCCUCGGCGACUUCUUCUUCGUGCGGUGCCGCGCGGAGGAGCCCGCCUGCAUCGCGGAGCUGCAGCUGCUCUGGGAGGAGCGCACCAGCCGGCAACUUCUCUCCAGCGCCAAACUUUAUUUUCUCCCCGAGGACACCCCCCAGGGCAGGACCAGUGACCAUGGCGAGGAUGAAGUUAUUGCUGUUUCAGAGAAAGUUACUGUGAAGCUUGAGGACUUGGCAAAAUGGGCACAGUCCGAUUUCUCCAAGUGGAAGUGUGGUUUCCGGGCUGAGCCGGUCAAGCCGAUGGAUGUGGGGAAGAAUGGGCAGAAGGAGGCCUUGACGAGAUACAGACAAUCCACACUCAACAGCGGCUUGAACUUCAAAGACAUCCUGAAGGAAAAGGCUGAUCUUGGUGAGGAUGAUGAAGAUUCAAACCUGCUAAUUCUCAGCUACCCACAGUACUGUCGAUAUCGUUCCAUGUUAAAGCGCAUUCAGGACAAGCCUUCUUCAAUACUAACAGACCAGUUUGUUUUAGCCCUGGGAGGCAUUGCAGUAACAAGCAAGAACCCCCAAAUCUUCUACUGUCGGGAUACAUUUGAUCAUCCUACUCUGAUAGAAAAUGAAAGUAUAUGUGAUGAGUUUGCGCCAAAUCUUAAAGGCAGACCACGCAAAAAGAAGCCUUGCCCACAGAGAAGAGAUUCAUUAAAUGGCAUUAAGGAUUCCAACAAUAAUUCCGAAAGCAAAGCUGUUGCCAAGGUAAAAUGUGAGGCUAAGUCAGCUUUGCCCAAACCCAAGAGUAACAACAGCAACUGUAAAAAAGGCUCAAGUGAGGAUAAAUCAAAGAUUGCCAUAGGUGAAGAAUGCAGAGCUGAUGAGCAGGCUUUCCUUGUGGCUCUUUAUAAAUAUAUGAAAGAAAGGAAAACACCAAUUGAACGAAUACCCUAUUUAGGUUUUAAGCAGAUUAACCUUUGGACUAUGUUUCAAGCUGCUCAAAAACUGGGAGGAUAUGAAACAAUAACAGCCCGUCGACAAUGGAAACAUAUUUAUGAUGAAUUAGGUGGUAACCCUGGAAGCACAAGUGCUGCUACAUGUACUCGCAGACAUUAUGAAAGAUUAAUCCUGCCGUAUGAAAGAUUUAUUAAAGGAGAGGAAGAUAAGCCACUGCCUCCAGUGAAACCUCGAAAACAGGAUAACAGUUCCCAGGAGGGUGAAGCAAAAACAAAAGUGUCUGGAACAAAACGCAUCAAAAAUGAAAACCAAAAGAGCAAGAAGGAAAAAGAUAAUGCACAGAAACCCCAAGAUGCUUCUGAGGUUUCAUCAGAACAAGAGAAGGAUCAAGAAUCAGCAGACCAGAAAAAUUUUCCUGAACAUCCUACAGCGGGAGAGAUGAAACAACCCAUGCAAGGCCCUCCAUCUCUUUUACCAGAGACAGCUCGGCCACCGCCUCUGGAAAAGACAGACCUGACAGAAAACAGCACAAACAGUGAGAAAGCCAAAGAGGAGGUUCAGCACUCGUCCGCUUUCUCAAGUAUAUCCGUGCCCCCAGAAGAAGACACUGUGCUGGAUGCCACCGUUGCGAAACGAUUACAUCCCCCAGCAGAUGCCCUGGAAGACACAAAGCCUGAACAAAGACUACACAAAGCUUUUACUGACAGCUUAGAAAGUGAACCUCCAGAAAUGCCCUUCACGGCUUUCCCGGUCCAGCUGUCCACUCAGAGCGACAUGGAAGAUGACAAAUUGCCAGAGAUGGCCGAUUACAUUGCAAACUGCACAGUGAAAGUGGACCAGCUGGGAAAUGAAGAUAUCCACAAUGCACUAAAGCAAACGCCCAAAGUACUGGUGGUUCAGAACUUUGACAUGUUCAAGGAAAAGGAACUGCCCGGGUCCAUGAACGAUGACUCCACUUUUGGUUACACGCCGCUGCUUUACUCAAAGGGUAAUCCAGGCAUCAUGUCACCCCUGGCAAAGAAGAAACUGCUGUCGCAGGUCAGUGGGGCAGCCCUGUCAUGUAGCUAUCCUUACGGUUCUCCUCCACCUUUGAUCAGCAAAAAGAAACUGAACGGCAGAGAUGAGCUGUCCUCUGGCAUAUCACAAGGUCCCCACGCCCCAAAUUCUGAUCCUGUAGCAAUUAAUAGGCCCUCAGUCAUACAACACGUACAGAGUUUUAAAACCAAGGAAGAAAGGAAAUCAAUUAAUGACGUUUUUAAACAUGACAUGCUAAGUAAAUCGGAUCCUCAGCGCUGUGAUUUUUCAAAACAUCACCUCAGUUCUCUUGCCGAGUCGUACGUACCGAAGACGGAUAUCCAGGACUGCAAAGAUAAAAUGAGUGAGAAAAGGGCACUGCAGCACUCCCAUGUGCCCACUUUCUUGGCAGAUUUUUAUUCAUCACCUCAUCUGCACAGCCUUUAUAGGCACACAGAACACCACCUUAAUAAUGAACAGACAUCAAAGUACCUCCCCCGGGACAUGUUCAGAGAGUCUGAAAAUAUUUCUACUUUUACUCAACACAAACACCAAGAAAAACUAAAUUUAAAUUAUCGCCCAUCUUUGCAUCAGCAAGAAAAAAAAGCAGCAGUGGAGGCCUCUUCAGAUGAUCAGCCAACAGAUUUGAGUCUUCCAAAGAGCACACACAAACAGACUGCAAAGGCUCCGGGCUCCAGCCUCCCUCAUUCAUCCAUGGCCCAGCAAGAAGGCAAAGGUAUCUCCCCAUUCCAGGCUGCAAGCAGCCAGGCGGUGAGCCUAGACUGUAACCCCAAAGCUUGCCGCGUGUCCCCCAUGGCCAUGACAGCCCCGAAAAAACACAGUGAGUUGCUCCACAGGUCUGGGAAGCAGCAGGCCCAGAGGCUGGAGAAUCUGAGGAAGAUGGAGGGGAUGGUGCAUCCUAUCAUCAGCCGCAGAACGAGCCCUCAAAACGUGGGGGCUGCCCGGCCUUUGAAACGGAGCCUGGAGGAUUUGGACAAAGUCAUUUCUGAAAAAAAAAUCCGAGCUGUCUCUCCUCUGCACUUACCAAAGGAGACCCCAGUGAAAGACAAGGUUCCCGACCCAGAGGGGGAAGGCAGCAAGCCGGUGCAUGGCCUCCAUUCUGGCAGCAUGCUGGAAAGCCACAAAUUUCCCCUUUCAGCCCCCAUCUUCCCAGGCUUGUAUCCGGGAAGCCUGUGCACAGGACUGAACAAUCGCCUCCCGCCCGGGUAUUCUCAUCCCCUGCAGUACUUGAAAAAUCAGACCGUGCUCUCCCCACUUAUGCAGCCUUUGGCUCUUCACUCCUUCAUGGUGCAGAGACAAUUCCUCACGUCCCCUGCAAACUCUCAGCAACUGUACAGACACUUAGCUGCAGCAACACCUGUAGGAAGUUCCUACGGUGACCUUUUGCAUAACAGCAUUUAUCCUUUAGCUGCUAUAAACCCUCAAGCCGCAUUCCCACCUUCCCAGCUGUCCUCUGUACAUCCCAGCACAAAACUGUAAACCCCCUCGCUCACCAAAAAAGGUCUGAGGAGAAAAGUUAAGUUAGCGACAUUCCUCCCCCUGUGACGAUGGCUCGCAGGUUUAGCGAUCUGUA